AUGGAUUGGCUGGGGUGCCUUGAUCCCGGUGGAGGUGCCUACGUCUUCGCUAAGCGUUCCGUAAAUGCCGAUAAGAAAGCCCGCCACGAGGAGGAAAUGAAGCGGCGGCGAUUGAAGGACGCCCUCGACGCGGAGUUCUACGCAAAGCCUCCCAGCCCGAAGCAGGGCCACAAAAGGCCGCACGAUCAUGCCAACAGUCCCAGUACCGAGGCCAGCCACGAUCCUGCGCCAACGGAGCAUCCUCUAGAAAAUGGAGGUACCAAGGAUCAGGAGGAGGCCAGAUAUGUCGCGAGUAAGCCUUAUAAAUCAAAAAAAGGUGAUAGAUUUAGUUAA